CACACACACACACACACACACACACACUCACACAAGCUGCCGGAUCGUUGCUGCUGGGGGAAUCGAAGCGCACCGCCGGGAGACGCGAUGUUGGUGAAACUGGCCGUGGCUCUGCUGGUUCUGUCAGUGUUGGAGCAAGUGGUGGGAUCGGAUAAUACUGAUAUACACGACAGUCUCCCGGAGAAGCCUGUGAGCCAGAAAGGACGACUCUCCCUGCAGAACACAGCUGAGAUCCAGCACUGCCUGGUGAGUGCGGGGGAUGUCGGCUGUGGUGUGUUUGAGUGCUUUGAGAAUAACUCCUGCGAGAUACGAGGGCUACAGGAAAUCUGCAUGACGUUCCUGCACAACGCUGGCAAAUUUGACUCUCAGGGGAAGUCCUUCAUCAAGGAUGCUCUGAAGUGUAUGGCCCACGGUCUACGGCACAAGUUCAGCUGUAUCAGCAGGAAGUGUGUGUCCAUUAAGGAGAUGGUGUUCCAGCUCCAGAGAGAAUGCUACAUCAAACACAACCUGUGCUCUGCCGCCAAGGAGAAUGUGGCCGUCAUGGUGGAGAUGAUCCACUUCCAAGAUCUCUUCCCUAAAGGUCCAUAUGUGGAGCUGGUGAAUAUCCUCCUGAGCUGCGGCGAGGAGGUGAAGGAGGCGCUGACACGGAGCGUCCGGCUACAGUGCGAGCAGAACUGGGGGGCUCUGUGCGACAGCCUGAGCCUGUGCUCCUCCCUCGCACCGUCUCCCGCUGGCUCCCCCGUGGUGGAGCACCACCACCGCCGCCCUCUGCCCUCCCACCCCGAGCCAGAGCACCCUCGGCCCCCGCGGCAAGGGGACAAAGACAAAGCCGGCAAGGUGGGCUUCAACGCUCACCCACGCAAUCGCAGUCAGGGACCACGCCGCCAGAGUCCGGAAGCUGGAGUGAUGGCUGACCAGCAAGACCCCGAGGCCACUGACAUCCGGAGGUGAAAGUGCAGGGGGACUGUCCCGACUUUGACCCCCUAGACCAUUUAAAAACACAUACUUGCAGACUUAUGCACCCACACACACACCCUCUGUCUCUUUCUCACACACACACACAGAAAGUCUCUCUCUCUCUCUCACUCUCUCUCUCUCUCUCU